UUGUAUUAUGGCAGAAUUAUAUAUGCUUCGCCCACUCUUCCCUGGAACUUCAGAAUUGGACCAAAUAUUUAAAAUAAUUAAUGUGCUUGGAACUCCAACAAAAGAAGAAUGGCCAGAAGGCUAUAGAUUAGCCACUGCAAUGAAUUUUUCUUUUCAUCAAAGUUCGGGUGUUCCUUUAAAAAGUAUUGUAAAUACGGCAAGUGAUGAUGCUAUUAAAUUAAUGUCCGAUUUUCUUGCUUGGUGCCCAGAGAAAAGGCCUACUGCUGUAAAUUCAUUAAAAUACCCCUACUUCCAAGUAAGCCAAAAAAUGGGAGCCCCAAUUCUUUCACAACCAGCAACUAGCACUAUACGUAAAAAUUCUGCUGGUUCAACACAAAGCGAUUCAAAAUUGGUAACUAAUAAUAAAAGAAUUACUCAAAAGGCUGCUAAAAUGACCCAAAAAGUUGUACCCGCAAAAGGAGGAUUACCUUUUAUAACUAUUAAGGAAAAACAACAACAAAUAAAUGCAGAAAAUCCUUUGGCAGGAUUAGAAGAUGAAUUAGAAAAAUUACAGGAAGAACAACAAGUAUGAGAGAAUCG